CUUCUGUCCCCAGGUCCCCGCACCAGGAAGCUGAAGAAGAAGAAGAACGAGAAGGAGGACAAGCGGCCGCGGACUGCCUUCACCGCCGAGCAGCUGCAGAGACUCAAGGCGGAGUUCCAGGCCAAUCGCUACAUCACGGAGCAGCGGCGGCAGACGCUGGCCCAGGAACUCAGCCUCAACGAAUCCCAGAUCAAGAUCUGGUUCCAGAACAAGCGGGCCAAGAUCAAGAAAGCCACGGGCAUCAAGAACGGCUUGGCCCUUCACCUCAUGGCCCAGGGACUGUACAACCAUUCCACCACCACCGUGCAAGACAAAGACGACAGCGAGUAGUCAGGCAGCCCAGCCCACCCCGCCCCACCCCGAUUAUUAUUAUUAUUAUUAUUAUUAAUAUUAUUAUUGCCAGGGAAGGACACGAAAAAAGACACGCACACACGCACUCACGCACGCACACACAAAGGACUGACCAGUGCAAAGGGACACACGGAGGGGGACUUGGACAGGUGCUAUUUAAAAUCAAAUCUAUUGUCUAUCCAUAGUAUAAGGACUCCAAUUUAAAAAGGAAAAAUUAUGAACACUUGCAAAAAUUAUCUCUAUAUAGCCAAACAGCAUAUGACCUUGUAUAUAUUUAAUUUCAGGUAAGAAAUAUGUGUAGCGAUCUCUAUUUGCUGGACAGCUUCUCUCUCUUCUUUCCCUUUCUUCCUUUUGUUCGUUUGAUUCUCCUCUUCCUUUCUGUUCGUUUUCUCUCUGCCUUUUUUUGUUGAUGUCGUUGGCUCUUGCUUUGAAGUAAAUGUCUGACUCUCUCGACCUUUUCUUUUCUUUUCUUUUUUUCUUCCGUGUGAAUCUCUGUCUUUUUUUUUUUCCGAGGGAAAAAAAAAAUCUGAUCCACAGACUGCGAGACUGAACCCGCCGCUACAAGCCAAAGAUUUUAUUAUGUUCAGAAAUCUGUAGUCUGAAAUAAAGUGUAGACUGUGUUCAGGA